CUCAGCUUUGUAGUGUCCACUUUAGUCUUGUUGUGAAUAAUGAAUUUCUUAGUUGUAUCUGUUUUAAUAUGUGUGUUGGUGGAGAAGAUUUCCACUUACAAAACCUUCUCAGCCCUCAACAGCAUCGUGUUCACCAAUAUUGCUUCACCUAAACAAUAUGCUCACAGUGAAUAUUAUUUCGGAAAAUGUGCGAUCCACAACAAGGAACUCCUCGGACGCGACCUUAUAAAAUCAGAUAAUAUGAUAGGAUCAAAGAUUGUUCGGGGUCAACUUAAUUUAACAGACAACGAACCAUAUCCUAACUGCGUGUACAUAAGAGCGACUUCUGCUUUCGGUGACAUGGUUAGGUUCCAAACAUAUGCAUUCAACGUUUGUUUCGUCAAAAUACUUCAUAACCACCGCGCCCAAAUCUUCACAUAUCACUUCUAUGAAUGGUUCAUACCUGCGGAAAUGGCACCCGGAAUUACUUGGGAAAUAUUCUUCUUCCGCGCCUGAAUCUUAUAUUUACAAGGUAUUUUUAGAUUUAGUCAAAUCAAGUCUAACCCAGUCUAACCAAGGGGUAUUGGGUUUCCCGGGUAACUGGGUUGAGGGGGUCAGAUAGGGCAGUCGCUCCUUGUAAAGCACUGGUACUCAGCUACUGAGUUACAGCUACUGGUUAGACUGGAAGCCGACCCCAACAUAGUUGGGAAAAAGGCUCGGAGGAUGAUGAAGGUAUUUUUAGAUUCAAGCGAAGAGGAGCAAAUUUUUGA